GGUGUCUGUUCGCACCGGAUAAAUGAUACAAUUGAAGACGUUUAGGACAAUGCUGCGAACUUCUGAUACGUUUGGCUAGCAAGUCUCCCAGAACGCUGUCUGAUAAGUCUCUUUGUAUGUGGAGUGAAACGGGAUGGAGAUUGCUUCAGUGUGAGACUAAGAUGCUGUUCAUAUCAUGCAUUAUUGUACCUUGUCUUGUUAAGAAGUUCCAAAUUUCCAGACAUUGUCGUGUUUCAUCAGCAUCAGUAUCAUACUGGCUCUGGUCAUCCAGUCCUGUCUAUCUCUCUAGUCAUCCAGUCCUGUCUAUCCAUAAUAAAACUAAGUUAUCUGCGCACUGGCAUCAAGUCCGAAACUUGUGAGGGCAAUGGAACCAAAUCAGUUCGACACAAAUCCUGGAUUGGAGCGAUA